AUGCCUCGCCGGCACUUCCCUCACCUCGACAAGCUCCUGUACCUCGGCUUCCACGGAGGCUUCCGCUGGGAGACCCAGGGCUUCGAUCAACGCGAUGCCGAGACCGGCGUGAUCUGCCGCGCCCUGGCACCCGAUACGGCGAACAAAGGCAGAACUAGCCAGGCUCUCUCCCAGAUCUACGACUGGGCGGCUGAGAACGUCGGCAUGUGCGGUCUCCUGGAGCCGGAGGACUUCCUCGCCUGCGCCAAGGAUUCCUUCGAGUGGUCGGCCAAGUUCCGCGACGACGCUUUCUGGGCUUUCACCUAUAAGCUGUUUCAUGCUCGCGAGCUCUUUGUGGCGCCUGUCUACGAUCCGAUGGGCAAGACGCAGCCCCGGGGCCACCCUCUUCUGACCGCUCCCGAUAACUUCCGCCAGGAGUUCCUCACCCGCUAUGAUAUCCAUAGCAAAACCUACCAGAAGUACUUCCCCCGGGAGCUCACCCACGCCGACGGAGAAGGCGAUGGCGAUGACAAGCUGUUCAUUGUCCCCGUUGCCGAAGCCUCGAAGCUCAGCGAAGAUUACGCGGCCCAGACCGCCGAGGUGGACCAGCCCAACGAGCCCACCAUUGGCUUCUAUGACUUUGGACCACGUUACCGCGACGGUUACGAGGAUGUCAAGGCCAAGGCCGCCGCUGACGAGAAGGCCAAGAAGGCAAAGCCGGCUGGUAUACUCGAUGAGGCGAUCGUGGGUGACGACGAGGAUGAUAUCAUGAUGGAUCUGGACGACGACGAGGCCAUGAACGAUCUUGCAGAGGGCGUUGAGAAGAAGCUGCGCUGA